GACCGAGAAAACUAGACUUUCGAUGAACGACGAACACGAAUACGAGUUUUAAUUUACAAAUCUAAAUGUGUUCCAUAGCGAUGCCAGCUGAGCUGCUUCUGGGGCAUAGUCCUCCAGUGUACAGCUCGUUGCUGUACAGUCCUCUGGUGGUAACGGCACCAACGAUUACCAGCAGGUCGGUACCACCCAGGAUAAGGCCAUGCCUGUCAUCUGGCUCCUUGGCCAUAGACAGUAUACGGAACAAUAACGAUGGUGGCAACAAUAAGCAGAAAAAAAGGGUGGUAUUCGCGGAUGACCGUGGCCGCCCCCUUACUCAGGUACGCGUGAUGUCUGAACCGAGUAACGUGCCACCCCUCUGGAGCACGGCUUAUUUGGCCGGAUUAACUGGUCGACUACUCAACUCGAAAAUCGAACACGACGAGCCCACGGAGCUUGUAUCACCCUGGUUCGUGACAUUUCCCCAACCAGCAAGCGACUACCUUGCCUUUCGCCGGAAACUUGACCAAGAAAAUGUCAGUUUGGAGAACGUGAUAGUACGCGAGUCGGAACAGUGUCUGGUUGGCACCAUCAAAGUACGUAAUCUGGCGUACGACAAGGAGGUCGUGGUCAGGGCGAGCAACGACUCUUGGAAGACCCACGAGGACGUGCAUUGCACCUACGUCGAACAACCCGGUGCUCCGGCACUAAUCCUCUACGACACCUUCCGCUUUCGAUUAACUCCGCCGCUGAAAUCGAACGUGAUCGAGUUCUGUGUACGAUACCGUACCGAUGGAAAAGAGUACUGGGAUAAUAACGACGGAAAAAAUUUCAUCGUUCGCAAAAAAUUGGAGCCACGAGCACCACCCAAACGAUACGAUAUCCUGGCAACAACGUGCGACGGUUUUUCGAACAACGGCAUACGGGACAGCAUACCGCGGAUCACAGACGCAACUAGGGCGAAUGUGCGCACGUGGAGCGAGUUCGCGUCUUGGCAGCACCUCACGAACGACGCACCGUACUGGUGAAUCUCUGGGAAGCCUGGUCGCAAACGAUGUACGAAAGUCGUACGAAUUCUUCCAGUCUACUUGGUUUAACGAUCGAGGCGCAGAUCAUCACGUGGGACGAGGCGGCGACAUCGCGCGCGCGACACACGCGAUAGAAACGACCAAAUCGCAUUGUGAAAACGUGUGUGUCCAUAUGAGCGUGUUAACAGCAUGGACACCAGGAGCAGGGGAGAACGGGAGAACGUUGACGAAAGAAGAGAAGCGAUGGACGUGUACGAUUGAGUUCGAUUUGCAAAGAAAAUGAGCAUGGUGUUGCAUUGGAAAAAAGAGACAGAAGUAAAUUGAAGAUCGAUAGCGCGGAACAGACGAGAAAGGAGGCAUUGGUCGCGUUACAUUUAUGGGACGUCGGUUGGCGUGAUGACGGUUACACUUCGAGUUUGCGAGGAAACGGACCGCGGGAUGGAUGAUGAUGAUCAAAUCACGAUGGAGGGAGGGCAUCGAGAGAGUGUAGAGUAACAUAAGUGCAAUUAGGGAUCCUUCUAGGAGGGGAGAGAGAGAGAGAGAGAGAGAGAGAGAGAGAGAGAGAGAGAGAGAGAGAGAGAGAGUGGGAACCACUGGCAACUGACCUGACCGCUUUAAAGGGCGCGCUCUUGUAGUCCAGCUUGUGUGAUGUGAUAGCCGUCUUUUAGUCGAUUUUCCUGGGUAUCAACAUCAACCUCCUCCCCCUGCAGACGUG